AUGACCUUACGCCCCAAGACUGCGCAGGUUCUCUCUGCUGCGUGUGCUCUAUUGCUACUCUUUAUUCUCACCCGUCCUGCAUGCGCCCUCUAUGCUCGCCCUGCGCUCCUCGCCGCACCCAAUACACCCGUUCCUGCGGCCCGCCCGUCAACCCUUCCCUCGACAAUCCCUUCCUCUCUCUCCUCGUUCCAAGCCGAGGAACGAUUAACAGUUUCACUACGAACGUUGUUCCACGCUACGAACGCUGACUCCGAACGCUGGUCUGUGCUACGAACACCACUCCACGCUACGAAUGUUGCUCCAAAGGAUCCAGUUGCCACCAAGGUACACAGUGACAAUGAACUACCCACCAAUAGCCUCCACGACGAAGAACAACCCACCAAGGGCCUCCACGACGAAGAACAACCCACCAAGGGCCUCCACGACGAAGAACAACGCACCAAGGGCCUCCACGACGAAGAACAACCCACCAAAGACCUCCACGACGAAGAACAACCCACCAAAGACCUCCACGACGAAGAACAACCCACCGAAGACCUCCACGACGAAGAACAACCCACCAAGGCCUUCCCACAAAAAGCUGCAGACGACAGGUUCUGGGGGAGGGCGCUGGAGGUGGCGUCGCUGCUGACGGCGGUGAAAGGGCAGCAGCUGGGGCGCUGCGCCUUGGCCAUCACCACCGACCUCCUGCACCUGCCGGCCGUGCAACUCUUCCUCCAGCACAAUGAGGUGGGAAGCGGAGGGUCGGAAGAGGAACAGGUGUGCCCAGUGACAGUCUUUACUCUGCCACCUCCCUCCCAGAUGGGUGGCAUUGUUAAUCACCGCAACUUGGAUUAUAUGAGUGAUCACUGUGUCUCACAGGAAGACGGUGGGCCGCUCCUGGCUAGCCAGUACCUGAGGGUGGGGCAAGAAACCUGCACCCACUACCUGUUCCUGGUCACCGACCCGCACAGACUACUCCAGCUGCUUGACGCCCUCCACCAGGACAGCCUCGAUCUUCACGCCAAGUUUGUUUUAGUUACACACCUUCGCCCCGACGGUGUCCUCGCCUUCCUGCAGGCGUCUCCGAUCAACAAGAUCCCGAACGUGCUGUUAGUUACAUCCUCUGCCGCUGGCGGCCAAGUGGCGCUGACGCUGUAUACCCACCUCUUCUUCCUGGCCCAACAGCGUAUUUCCUUAACGAACUUGGGCACGUGGCCACGUGGGUGGAACUUGGGCACGUGGCCACAUGGGAGGAACUUUGGCGGCGUCCAGUGGUUUCCCAGGAAGCUCGCUCACUUCCACGGGUUCACGUUCCGCGCGACAACCUUUGAUUACCGGCCAUUCACCAUCUUGGAGCGUGGGCCGGGCGGGAGGGCGACCUACGACGGGCUGGAGAUCAGGCUUCUCCAGACGCUGGCCUCCGCCCUCAACUUCACCCUGGAGAUCCACCAGCCUGCAGAUGGCGAGAAAUGGGGCAGCCGGCUGGCGAAUGGCAGCUGGACAGGAGCGGUCGGAGAGACGGUACGAGGGGAAACAGAAGUGUCGUUCGCGAACUACUUCAUCACCGCAGACCGCCUCAAGAUCAUGGACAUGACCCGCCCCUACAACAUCGACUACACUUGCUUCGUCACCCCGAAGCCGCGACCCGGUGACGCUCAGUACACAGCCGUCACCUCGCCCUUCCAGGCGAGUGUGUGGUGCGCCCUCGUGGGCAUGAUGGCCGCGGUGCCUCCGGUGGUGCGUCUGGCGGGCGUGCUGGAGCCAGGAACAUGGUUCCUGCGGUUGGACAACGCCGUCUGGUACGCGGUGGGCCUCUUCCUGACGCAGGCGCAGCCGUGUCAGCUGGUGCCCGUGUCGUCGGGGCUCCGUGUGGUGGUGGUGACCAGCUGGGUGGCAGCUACGGUCAUCUCCAGCGUCUACAAGUCGGCGCUGAUAGCUUUCUUGAUGGUGCCGCUGCCUGCAGCCCCCGUCGACACCCUCGAGCAGCUCCUCCACUCCGGCCUCCGCUGGGGCGUCAGGGACACUGGAGGCUGGGAGGAGUGGUUCAGCAGUUCCAUCGACCCGAUCUCGCGAAAGGUGGCGGCGGGGUUCCAGUACGUGAAGGGGAUCGAGGAAGGCGUGGCCAGGGUGCUGGACGGCAGCUUCGCCUUCAUGAACUCCGGCACCUUCCUCCGCUACCUUGUCGCCAGCAACUUCACCGACGCCUUCGGAGAGACGAAGCUCCACGUCGCCAGGGAGUGCUUCGUGCCCUUCAGGGUCGGGCUGGGAAUGCCUCGGUUCUCCGUGUACACUCCGCGGUUCAACGUCGUGGUGGCUAGGGUGGUGGAGGCUGGCCUGGUUCACCAGUGGCUCCGGGACCUUCUGGAUCAGGAACAUCAAGGAAAAAAUAGACUAUAA